ACCCUGUCAGAGACGAGGCUGUUGGUUUGGGUUCAGUUGUUGUUUCUGAUCAUCAUCUACUGUUUGUUUCACUGCCUCCAAUGUGACUUGUUUGAACACAUUAUAACAGAACAUGUUACAGACUAACAUCACGACCAUUAAGGAUUUCUUUCUUGUGGGAUUUCCUGGACUUUCACCAGACUUCCACGGCCUGGUUUCAGCUCUGCUCUUCAUCCUCUUUUUGUCCAUCAUUACAGGAAACAUUUUCAUUUUGGUCUUUGUUCAAUGUGAGAAGUCUCUCCAGAAACCCACGUACAUGAUCUUCUGCCAUCUGGCCUUGACCGACUUAGCUUUCGGGACCGUGACUCUGCCCAAGAUCAUAUCCAAAUACUGGUUCAAUGACAGCAUUGUUUCAUUUUAUGGCUGUUUUGCACAAAUGUAUUUUGUCCAUUUCCUAGGAGCCACUCACUCCUUCAUUCUGAUGGUGAUGGCUCUGGACCGUUUCAUCGCCAUUUGUGCUCCGCUGCGUUACACGGUGAUCUUCACCAACGCCACAGUUUCUGUGCUCUGUGGGAUAUCCUGGCUCAUCCCUUCAAUGUGGAUGGUGGGCUUGGUUGUUUAUGCGCUCAUGUUGCCUUACUGUAAUUCCAACGUCAUCGUGCAGUGCUACUGUGACCACAUAGCCAUAACAAGACUGGGCUGUGAGAACGUCUACGAAGUUCAAGUCGUAGCAUUCGGUCUCGCCUUGUUCUGUCUGCUGGUGCCUCUGGGCUUCAUCAUCUUCACCUUCUUCGCUGUGAUUAUCGUCGUGAUGCGUUCGUCGAGCCCCGGUGGUCGGAGCAGGACUCUGUCCACCUGCACGCCUCAGAUCCUCAUCACUUCUCUCUUCUACAUACCCAGAUGUUUUGUGUACUUGGCCAAUAAUAUUGGGUUUCAUUUUAGUACUUCAGUGCGUGUUGCAGUGGUGAUGUUGUACAGUUUACUGCCUGCUGCUGUCAACCCCAUCAUCUACUGCUUUAAAACAAAGGACAUCAAGGACAGUCUGAGAAAGAGGUUCCAUCUCAGGAAAUGUAAUGUCACAAGAAUCGCAUGA